ACACGUACUUUCCCUGCCAAAAGCCACAACACAAAACCCAAUAUUGCAACAGAAAGGAAAAGCAGACGUUAUAAAAAAGAAGAAGCAGAGAAGAAAAUUUCCAUCGAUGGGCGAAGAGAAACACUACUGGCUUCUGAAGACGGAGCCAGGAGAGUGGUCGUGGGAGGACCAAGCAGCCAAUGGGGGCGUAACCAAGUGGGAUGGUGUGAAAAACAAGCAAGCCCAGAAGAACCUCAAGUCCAUGAAACUCGGUGACCUCUGCUUCUUCUACCACUCUGGCGCCAAGGCCCGCCGCGUAGUUGGCGUGGUCGCGGUUGUUCGGGAAUGGUAUUCGGACGGCGGAGACGAUGGCGUGGUUGAUGUGAAGGCGGUUGGGGAGAUGAGGAGGCCGGUGGACUUAAAGGAGAUGAAGGGGGAGAAGGGGCUCAAGGGUUUUGCUCUGUUUAGGCAGCCGAGGCUGUCGGUUGUGCCGGUUCCUGAGGAUGUGUGGAUUAGGGUUUGUGAUUUGGGAGGUGGGUAUCAAGGUGAUGGUACUGUUUUAGAGAGCCAUGAUAGUGAUGGUGAAUCUGGUGAGGAAGAAGACGAUUGAUUUGGAGGGUUUUUUGUGUGUUGUUUUUUGCAUGGUAGGUGUUUGUGAUAAUGUCACAAUGUCCUAAGUGACUUGUACUAUUUUGGGUAGUGUCAAUGGGAAAUAGUACUUUUUAA